AGGGAGACGUGGUGCUUUGCUUUUUUUCUUUUUUUUUUUCUUCUUUUGAUUCUUUGCGUGCAUGGAUGGCGUUUUAUAUUGGUGGACGGGUGGUUGCAUGGGCGGUGUUGGGAUACCACGGAGGGAGGGAUUUUACGCUGAUGUGUGUAGUACAUACCUAGGUAUAAAAACAAUCGUGCCUAUCUACCUACGAAACAACCAUCACCGUCGCGUCGCGGCUCAAAAAGGCCCGUCGAUCCCCGUCCGGGGAAGCCGGUACGGUAUCUUAUCGGAGCUCCCCCAAGCUCCCCAUGAUCCCAUCCCCCAUCACCACUCACACCUCAGCACAACCUCACAGGAACGAGCAAACCAUGCCGCCGCACCCGCCACCGUCCUCUUCGUCGUCGUCGAGUGACCCGCUGCGCCCGCGCGCCGGCUCUGGCGCCUCAACCUCCGGCCACCCUCCUCCAACCACCUCGACCUCCUCUGGACGCCCUCCUACGAACUCGGCCCGUUCGGCGGCGGCUGCUGCUGCUGCCCCGUCUCCUGCUCCCCGCCGCCCGGCUACCGCCCUCGCGGAACCCCAGGUCCGCUAUACGGUUGUUGUGAGGCUGCCGUUUUCGCGCGGCGCCUUUGUCGACCCGGCCCAGGUUGAGUGGGACGCCACCAAGGAUCAGGCGCUGUGGAAGAUUAUUAGCAAGAAUGCAAGGACGAGCGAGCUGGAUUGGCAGGAGCUGGCGCUGCGGUUCGAGGUGCCCCAGAGCUUCUUGCUGCAGCAGGCUGCGUGGUUGUAUGAGCGGCACUUGUCCCAUGUGCGCGCGCAGAUGCGCAAGGUGGGCUCUACGAGCGCAGCUGGGACGGGCGGAAGUAGUCUGGGGGUGGGGCAAGGAAAGGGAGUCCCGCGAGCGACGUCGUCGCUGUCGGUGCGUUCGAGAGAUAGCCCGGUGCCUCCGCGAGGUGGCAUUGGAAGCGGGCCUGGCACGCCGGGCGUAGGAGCACCCGUCCUGUCACGCACCCCCUCGGCCACGACCAUCACCCAAAGCCGCCUGAUGCAGCAACAGCAACCACCGCCCCCGAGCCCGCGCCAGCCCGUCCGCAGCUCCUUCAAGUCCUCCUUCUCCGCUCCACGAAGGACUUCGCCCGCUCUAGAGCCCACGGCCGAAGCCAGCCACCCGCACAGCCGCGCCGCGAGCCCCGUCUCGCCGCCCGCCCUCUCGGACUCGGACGCCUCGUCCUCCUCCCGCUCCGACGACGACGACAACCCCUUCCGCCGCAGCCAGCUCUUCCGCCGCGCAGCGCCCCGCUUCCGCGCCCGCACCAAGCUCCCAGCCCUCGCGCGCCUCAACGACGACGACGAUGACGGCUACGCCGAGAGCCACGGCUCCGCGGGCGUCCGGGGCGGCGACUCGGAUGCCGACGACGACGACGGCUCCGACGACGUCUUCCUCCCGUUUGCGCAGCCGCCAUCCCGCCGCGCACAGCCCUUGCAGUCGCCGCUCCAGCAGCACCCGCACCAACAAGAUCCGGGCGCCACGCUGCGCGACCGCGACCGCGACCACAACCGCCCGCCGACCUCCUCGCGCCGCCCGCUGUUUGACACGCGCGCGCGCCCGUCCGCCAGCAGCGGGACGCCCCUCUCGGCCGUCGCGCAGGGGAAGCAGCCGCUGCGUUCGCUGGCACAGAUACGGCAGCAACAGCAACAGCAGCAAGCGAUGACGACAGCGGCGUCGACGUCCUCGGCCACGUCGGCGAGCGACAUUGGCGCCGAGCGCCCGGACACGGCGUCGACGGUGUCGGUGCCGUCGCAGUCGCCGUCGACGCGCGGGACGCCAGGGGGGUCUGGGGCGCCGGGGCCGUUGAGCCCAAGGCACAGGGCUGAGUUGGCGCGGCUGGGGCGCUUGCCCGGCGAGGGCAGCGAGGGGACGCCGAGUAUGGGCAGCAGCUUCUCGGAUUUGGAUGAUGCCAGCGUGACGCAGUCGGCGCUCGAGGAGCAGCUGCUCUCGACCAUGCAGCAUGCGGGCGGCAUGAGCAAGAUGAGCACGAUUUCGCGGGCUUUUGGGAGUCGGUAUUUGUGAGUGACUGAGAGGUGGGAUGGUGGGAUGGUGGGAG